AUGCACGUUUCCGAGGGAUUCAAUGAGUUUGCAACCACUUUGAAGUCAUCAGUUUCGAUCGGUGGUGGGUUUGGAAACUUCAAAGCAAACAUCGAAAGCCAUUUCAAUUCUGAACGUACCGGACGAACGGAUUAUUAUUAUUCUCGCCUGGCUAAUAUCGUUGAGAGGGCCCACCUUCGAAUCACCACGACCCAGACAACAGAACUCCAGCAACUCGUCAUUCCAGGUGUUGCGCAUAAUCUGGCGACGUGGUCACCGCAGUCGAUCUUCGCUACAUACGGCACCCACGUGACAACGGGAGUAGUGGCUGGUGGUAUGCUGGAGCUAUGGUCCUCAAGCCAUAAGUCACAGUUUAGCUCGAAGACUGAUUACUCGUUAUCUGUUGAUGCGAGCUACCUCAAGCUCGUCAAAGGUUCAGCUUCACUCAGUGUCGAGGAACGUCGGAAGGCUGAGCGUGUUCAAACUUCGGAGGGCCUCAUCAUCAGAGGAGGAACGCUUCAAGUUGGAUCUGCCGGAGAGCAAAAUUGGGUCGCGUCUACUGCAACGAACGCGCAAACGAUUAAGUUUCUGGACGGUGGUUCUGUUCCAAUCUGGACGCUAAUCGCUGACGGCAACCAGGCGAACCGGGUGCGAUUGUAUUACGAGCAGGUGUUUGGGGCACGGUCGAUCAUUUUGAAGCGAUUUGAGAGUGCGCCGAUUGAAGCAAUGCCACGUGUGCCGCAUCCGCAGGCACAUGUUUACGUGCCGCGGGGCUGGAAGGUGGUGAGCGGCGGUGCCGAUGUGCGUUAUUAUGGAGUUGGGCAGCUGCUAGCUAAGUCGUACCCACUUUUAAGUCGCGGUACACCGAUUGGGUGGAUGGUCGAAUCAAAAGACCAUUUGAAGAGUGAUCCUGGGCAAAUCCAGGCUUUCGCGAUUGCCAUCUGGGACCCUAGCAACGUAUGGGACGUGCGGAUUGCAACAAGUACAUCAGGGGUAGCCGCUCAUCCAAUCGCGACUGCGACACUCCCGUAUGAAUACAUAUUGGUCGGAGGAGGAGCAGACGUGCGAUAUAUCGAGCCCGGAAACAUGCUGGUGGACUCGUACCCAUCGUCGUCGUCGUCGUGGACAGGAUCCUCGAAAGAUCACUUGAAGAGUGCGCCGUCUAGGAUUGUGACGUACGCCAUUGGCAUUAAGCAUAGGAACGGUGGACAGUUGUUCUAUCGGACAAAGUCGCAGCGAUUCGGUCCCCGUCAGCAUCCGUAUGGCACAGUUUUUUCGACGCAGGGAUGGUCGUUCAUCGGUGGUGGGGCGUCUGUCUCCAGGGGCGGGCUUGGAAACAUGAUUGUAAGGUUGAUUCCUAGUCGCGACGGGAAACAGUUCUACGCUUACUCCAAGGAUCACCUCGAGCCGGAUUCUAGGUACCUCACUGUGUAUGGAAUUGAAGUUGAGGGCGCUACAUACGUUGAGAAGGCAGAAUCGGUUCUCGGACUGAACCCCGCGGCACUCUAGAGCAUCUGGAAUGGCUUCAGUUUAGCGCCGAGGUAAUUUCUCUGCAGCAAUAACAAGGAGUUGAAUUCAAACAUCUACUUCUAAAUACUAGAAUGACAAUUUAAAAAGCAGAUGUUAUUUAA